ACUUGGAAAAUAUUCGUCUAAAAGGAAGACAGAUUCUCACAUCCAUCCUGUCAAAAAAGAAGGACUCACAGAAAAGAAGAAAGUCAUUUCUGCAGCAUUUCACUUGUCUUGAAGAUCAGUCAGAAAGAGAAAUUCGGCAUCAUCUGUGACAGUCAGACAGUGGAACGAAAAAUGCCAGUGAAAUGUUGUUUCUACAGGUCAACAAGCACAGAAACAAUGGCAUGGUUUGAAAAUAUGGACACACUUUUAACUAAUCAAGCUGGCCUAGAUGCUUUUCGAACAUUUCUAAAAUCAGAGUUUAGUGAAGAAAAUGUUGAAUUCUGGCUGGCCUGUGAAGACUUCAAGAAAACUGAAAGUGCAGAAAUCGCUUCUAAAGCCAAAAUGAUUUAUUCUGAAUUCAUUGAAGCUGAUGCCCCUAGAGAGAUUAACAUUGACUUCAGUACCAGAGACCUCAUCUCAAAGAACAUUGCAGAACCAACUCUCAAAUGUUUUGAUGAGGCUCAGAAGCUCAUCUAUAGUCUCAUGGCCAAGGAUUCUUUCCCUCGAUUUCUAAAGUCAGAGAUUUAUAAGACACUGGUAAACAGCAAACAGGUUGGAAAUCAUAAAAAGUGGUUUCCUUUCUUGUAAAGGUAGAUGAUAA